AUGGCGCCUUUACGUAGCUUCACACACGCAAUCCUCGCUCUCCAGGCCUUGACAAGCUGUGUCACGUCUUCCGCAAUAUUGCAGAGGCGUGAUCAGUCUUCGGAUCCUGUUGAGGCUCGAAACAACAAGAUCGCCCCGAAGGUGUUCAUCCUCAACGCGUUUUCACCCGAAGCUGGCUCAUUCUACGCGGCCAAAGAAUUCAAUCUGCUUGCUCAGAAUAUCACCGUCCCCGGCAUCUCACCAAGAUUCCCCGAUGCACAUUGCACAGCGAAUGGAGAGAUCUGUCAGGUGACUACGGGUGAAGGAGAGAUUAACGCAGCAGGAACCUCCGCAGCCCUCGUAUAUAGCGGUCUUUUCGAUCUUAAGAAAACCUACUUCCUCAUUGCCGGCAUUGCCGGAAUCGACCCGAAUGUCGGGUCCACCGGCUCCGUGACCUUCGCGCGCUUCGAAAUCCAAGUCGCCCUGCAAUACGAAUUCGACAUCCGCGAGAUCGGCAACAAUUUCUCCACAGGUUACAUUCCCUAUGGCGCCAAGGAACCUCUCGAAUACCCAUCCUUCAUCUACGGCACCGAAGUAUUCGAAGUCAAUGAUGCACUAAGAUCAAAGGCCAUCACCUUCGCCAAAACCGGCGCCCUAAACGACACCGACACCGCCAAGAAGUUCCGCCAACAAUACAAAUCCCCCGGCAACAAGCCCCCCUCCGUCAUCCCCUGCGACGGCGCCACCUCCGACGUUUUCUACAACGGCAACAUCCUCGGCACCCAAUUCGGCAAAUACGCCUCCGUCAUCACGAACGGCAGCGCCCUCUACUGCGCCACUGCCCAAGAAGACACCGCCAUCAUGUCCUCCCUCCUUCGAGCCGCCAAGGCCGGCCUCGUCUGUUUCGACCGCAUCAUCGCUAUGCGCACGGCUGCCAACUUCGAUCGCCCGCCGCCGGGCGUGAGCACUUAUCAAAAUUUCUUUUAUGGGAAUAGUGGUGGGUUUGGGCCUAGUGUGGCCAAUUUGGCCAUUGCGGGUGUUCCGGUUGUGGAAGGCAUUGUUAAAGGAUGGGAGAAGACGUUCAAGGGCGGUGUUAAGGCGACGAAUUACGUUGGUGAUAUCUUCGGCAGUCUUGGGGGAACGCCGGAUUUUGGACCUUAUCCUUACUUUGGUGAGGGCUAG